GGCGGGGACUGGGAGCCGAGCCCGGAGGUGAGCUUGCGCGUCUGCACCGCUCUUCCCGGAGGCCAGCGGGAAGGGGCUUGUGGGUAAAGCCUGCGUGGGGCCAAAGUCCGCUGCUCGGCGCAUGGAGCGCGUGCUGCACCCAGAAGUUGACCGGUGUCUGUCCCAAGUGGACACGGCCCGUGGGCAUCCGGGCUGCAGUGUGUGGCCGCCUUACACUCCGAGGUGGUCAGUUGUUCUGGAAUUCGCGCGUACUCAGGAUCUGCCCCACCCCACUAAGAGGCCACGCGUCGCCAUCGUGGUGCUCUCUGACUGUCCCGCCUGAUGGGGGCCACUCUGGGGGGCAUUCGACGCUUCUGUGGGGGCUUUGCAAGAGGGAAAGUCGUGGGGGAGCAGCCGUUCUGUCACCCUGGCUGGGGAGGGAAGUGGCCAGGAGGAAAGAGGCUAGCCGCCUCGGGGCCAGCGCCGCCAGGGGGCGGUACAGAGCAGUGUUGGGGCCGCCCCCCCCACCCCCCCGCACUUGAAGACUGGCUCCUCACUUCCAGGCCUGAACUGUCCCCUUUGGGCACCAGAGGAAAUGGUUGUUCCAUCCUGGGCUCCUAGUCCCCGGGAUCGGGUGGGCACUCGGAGGCAGAAACGCCCCGGAUCUGGAGUCCUGGACGGUCUGUGUCCUGCCAGUGGAGCCUCUUAAUAGGAGGGAGGGAAAGGGGGGGCAAGGGGUGCCCUGCAGUGACAGCUCUCCUCCAGGAGAGGGAGCAUCUGGGUCCUAGGCUCACACCCUCCCAGUGAGCAGUGACUAGGAGCCUGGCACAGGGCGUCAGGCUCUAGCAGGACCUGAGUCUCUGACACCUGCUGGUUCCAAAGAAUCUUUGAUUUAGCCCAAGAUCAGAGAGGGCAAGGCCAGUUAAGUUCUUGAGAAAAGCAUUCUCUGAAGAUACGGGUUGGUGGCAGCUACUGCCCUGGGUCCCUCAUGGUGCCUGGGGAGACAGAGGUCAUCUCGGGUCAUGGUCCCCAGUGGACAGAGGAGGGAGCCAGGACCUGAGUUCAGUAAGUGUGGACUUCCCGAGGCCGCGGGGUCUGUCCUCAAACUGCCUCUGCUCACACUGUCCCCUGGUGCUGGCACUCUACGGGCCUCCUCUGCCUGUUCCUCAAGCGCUUGCCCCCGAGGGCCCCCGAGCUGGCUCCCGUCGGAGUCCCUGACCACUGCUCAGCUUCUCCUUCCAUGUCACGGCGGCCACAUUGGUGUGGUCUGUCUACCUUGGCAUUGUUUCUUGUGCCCUCCAGAGGGUCGGCCCCGUGAGGAUGAGCCUGGGACGUGCCAGUACACGAGUGAGCACCGUGGCACUACCUGCACUCCUCAGGCCGUGUCCUGGUGCAGUCAGGUGGAGAUGAGGCUGCAGCUGUGGGUGCAGGGAUGCUGGCCCAGAGCAGCGGGAAAGGGGGUCUUGCAGGGGGUUUUCCAGGGUGGGGAGGUGGGGGGCAGUGCCGGUCCGUAGAGCCUGUCUCAGCACUUAGGGCUGUAACCUCCCAGCCCUCCAGCCUCCGCCUGCUCUGAUACCUCUGUCCCUGAGCCUGUCGGGGCCUCUGGGCCAGGUCCUCGUGGACCAGCUCCCCGCUCUGGCCCCACUUUAUUCACCCGGCAAACUUCCCAAAACCCAGACAGGUGUCAUACAUGAGUGGAGACCUGGCACUGCCUGCUUCAACUCUGCAGUCUUGCCCAGGACAGUGCUAGCCCCUGAGCGUGGGCCCAGCCCCUGCCCGUCUGCCCAGGUACCUCUGGUGGGGGUGCAGACACCCAUUUACCUGGGCAGCCAGGAGAGGCCCCUUUCAGGUGUGUGAAUCCCACGUGGAAUUUGCUCUCCCCUGAGCCUGUGCCCGCCCAGAGCAGUGCUGGAAGCUGAGUCAGGAGGAAAGCUGACAUGGACGGGAGGAGGCGGGGAGCUGUUGGCGCAAACCCCUUUCCACACUUGAGGAAAGAUGCUUUCGCUGACCCACCGUUGCUGAGCCCGCUCUCCCUCCCGCUGCCAGGCUGGAGAGCCGCUGAGCACUGGGUGGCCUUGGGGGAUACACGAGCCCAGCCGUGGAGAGGGCGGGGCGGGCAGUUAUUCUCAGAUGGCAGGAGGGUAGAGUUUCAGAUUUGUUUAUGCCUCUAGGAGGCACCUUGGGGACAGGGUUGGGACGCCUAGCUCAGCUCAGCGUUGCCAUUCAGCUCUGCGUGGCCAAGAGACACCUCAGAUUUUGCUGUUCCACUGGGGGCUGUUGGCUCUACAGUCCCAGGCAGGCCAGGGUGCUGGGGAGGGGUGCACAGUGGCCCUCAGCCAGCCCCUGCACCGGAGGGGCUGUUCUCACCCAAGGCUGGCCCGCGCUCUGCCCGGGCCAUGCCAGCCUGUUCUCUUCAUCAGGGUCAGUGCUAUUAAUACCAGGCGGGUGCACAGCCCCCAGCCGGUGAUCGUUUUAUGCCUGUGACCUCGGGGGCUGGGGUGAGUGCUGUUCCUCCCAGCAACGCAGACUCUGCCAACCAGGCCCGGACCCCUCCAGGCUGCUCCCCUCUGUGCCACCCGCCGUGGAGGGGUGACUCAGGUGGCUCCUGGGCUGUCCGGGGCUGCUGUAGGUCUGAGGCAGUACACGGGUGCCCCUGCUUACGUCGGGUCAGCGCGUCCCAGCCAUGAGCAGCCCCCCCGCUUACCCUGGCAUCAGGAUCUCGGGGUGCUGGGCCCUUGGAGCAGAAGGCAGCAGCAGCGUGGAGGCCCUGGACAGGCUCCUCCCGCCCGUGGGAGCCGGGCGCUCACCCCGGAAGCGUACCACCAGCCAGUGCAAGUCCGAGCCGCCCCUGCUGCGCACCAGCAAACGCACCAUUUACACGGCCGGGCGGCCGCCCUGGUACAACGAGCACGGCACGCAGUCCAAGGAGGCCUUUGCCAUCGGCCUAGGCGGUGGCAGUGCCUCUGGGAAGACCACCGUGGCCAGGAUGAUCAUCGAGGCCCUGGACGUGCCCUGGGUGGUCCUGCUGUCCAUGGACUCCUUCUACAAGGUGCUCACCCGGCAGCAGCAGGAGCAGGCCGCCCUCAACAACUACAACUUUGACCAUCCAGACGCCUUCGACUUCGACCUCAUCGUGUCCACCCUGCAGAAGCUGAAGCAGGGCAAGAGCGUCAAGGUGCCCGUGUAUGACUUCACCACCCACAGCCGCAAGAAGGACUGGAAGACGCUCUACGGUGCCAACGUCAUCAUCUUCGAAGGCAUCAUGGCCUUUGCUGACAAGACGCUGCUGGAGCUCCUGGACAUGAAGAUCUUCGUGGACACAGACUCUGACAUCCGCCUCGUGCGGCGGCUACGUCGGGACAUCAGCGAGCGUGGCCGCGACAUCGCGGGUGUCAUCAAGCAGUACAAUAAGUUUGUGAAGCCGGCCUUCGACCAGUACAUACAGCCCACCAUGCGCCUGGCUGACAUUGUGGUGCCACGAGGGAGCGGGAACGCAGUGGCCAUCGACCUGAUCGUGCAGCACGUGCACAGCCAGCUGGAGGAGAGGAAGCUGCGCUGGGAUCUGGCCGCGCUGGCCUCAGCGCACCAGUGCCAUCCCCUGCCCCAGACGCUGAGUGUCCUCAAGAGCACGCCGCAGGUCCGGGGCAUGCACACCAUCAUCAGGGACAAGGAGACCAGCCGGGACGAGUUCAUCUUCUACUCCAAGAGGCUCAUGCGGCUGCUCAUCGAGCACGCGCUGUCCUUCCUGCCGUUCCAGGACUGUGUGGUGCAGACCCCGCAGGGGCAGGACUACGCGGGCAAGUGCUACGCGGGAAAGCAGAUCACCGGCGUGUCCAUCCUGCGGGCGGGCGAGACCAUGGAGCCCGCGCUGCGGGCCGUGUGCAAGGACGUGCGCAUCGGCACCAUCCUCAUCCAGACCAACCAGCUCACCGGGGAGCCCGAGCUCCACUACCUGCGACUGCCCAAGGACAUUAGUGACGACCACGUGAUCCUGAUGGACUGCACCGUGUCCACGGGCGCUGCGGCUAUGAUGGCUGUGCGCGUGCUCCUGGACCACGACGUGCCUGAGGACAAGAUCUUCCUGCUGUCGCUGCUCAUGGCGGAGAUGGGCGUUCACUCGGUGGCUUAUGCGUUUCCACGCGUGAGAAUCAUCACCACGGCGGUGGACAAGCGCGUGAACGACCUGUUCCGCAUAAUCCCCGGCAUCGGGAACUUCGGCGACCGCUACUUUGGGACAGACGCAGCCCCGGACGGCAGUGACGAGGAGGAAGUGGCCUGGACAAGUUAGCUGGUGGCAGUUUCUUGCCAUCCCCAGCCCCACCCAACUUCCUCCUGCCUCCUGGCCUGUGACAGAGACCUUAACUUAUUUUGACUGUUACCAAUGUAACUUAUUCGAUACGUUUUAUAAAAUAAAGCUUUAGG